UUACAGAAAUAUAAAGAGUUUCAGGGGUUUCUCAACUUCAGCUGAGGGUGAAAUCACUUGGUGUGGGUGAGUGAAAAAACCAAAAGCGUUCAACAUUCAGCUUUCGAGAUCCCAUUGGAAGGAAGGAGGCGAUUCCAGAUUCCGUGUUCAGUUUAAAGUACUAGUCCCGGGUUGAAUCGCAUUCGCACCAUGGCUGCUGUGAAGGCGCUUCAACAGUGGUGCAAAAUCCAAUGUGAAGGAUACCGGGACGUGUCGAUCACCAACAUGACCACAUCUUUCCGGGACGGUUUGGCGUUCUGCGCUCUAAUUCACAAACACAGACCGGAGUUGAUAGACUUUGACUCUUUGAGCAAGGAAAAUAUUUACGAGAACAAUCAACGGGCUUUUGAGGUGGCAGAGAAAGAGUUGGGUAUACCUGCCCUGCUGGAUGCCGAAGACAUGGUGGCUCUAAAAGUGCCUGAUCGGCUCAGCAUUCUGACCUAUGUGUCCCAGUACUACAAUUAUUUCCAUGGACGUUCUCCCAUUGGGGGUAUGGCGGGGAUUAAAAGACCAGCCGAAGAGUCUGAUGAAGCACCAUCUGAGAAGAAGAACCAACCUGUCACAGCUAAAGUUUUUGCCUCACCUAAACCAGCCACAGAGAAUAAGACGCCUAAACCAGCAAAUGAAAAUAAGAGAGAAGUUUUGGCUGAACGUGCCAAUAAAUCAGGAUCUCUGAGCAGCAGCUGUAGCAUGUGUAACCAACAUGUUCACCUUGUUCAGCGCCACCUAGUAGAUGGGAAACUGUACCACAGGAAUUGCUUUAAAUGCAGAGAGUGUUCCACUAUUCUUCUCUCUGGCACCUACAAGGCUGGAAAAGAACCAGGCACUUUCAUCUGCAAGACACACACAAGCACAGAGAGGCCUCUAACCACAACGACCACACACAUCACAGUGCCUCCACCGAAGACGCAGUCUACCUUUAUAACCAAGACUGACCAGAAUGCAUCAGGUGGAGGUACUGGAAAAGCUGGUUUAACACCUAACGCAUCUAAACCGGGUUGGCUGGCCAAUAAAACUGACCGUACACCCGCCCGUGGGUUAGACGUCACACCUUCUCCAGCAGUUCAGCUCACGCCAGCACCAAAAACAACUCCAACACCAGAGAUAACAACUCUGAAAACCUCCUUCAACCCCAGAACACCCACAGAGCCUCUAAAAGCUGUAAGCAACAGCGCACAGAAGAGCCAAGAAGCCAGAAAGAGAUUCUUUGAGUCCAGCAGCAGUCCCAGCAGUAGUCCCAGCAGUACUGUGCCUGCCAGUAAGAGCACCUCACCAUACACCUCAACUACAUCUGUGAGCCCAGCAAGCCUUAAAACUCCUACAACAGAGAGUACAACGCCUAAAAUCACUGCAGGAGCAGGUAAAAGCCGAGUUCUGCUACGGGUGGGAGACUGGGCAAAAACACAGGACACAGAAAAAGAGAAGGAGAAUGAAAAAGAGAAAGCCAAGGCUGUGAUCGGAAAGAUGGUGACGGUGGAAAAAAAUAACAACUCGUCUCCGAGUUCAGUUGGGCUGAAAGCAAGUGUCAGUAAUGUUUCCCCUGUGGAAUCGGGUGCUAAAGGCACCUUUAGUAGGGUGCGUCUCAAAGCACUGGAUACCGAUGUGAAACCUACUGCCCCCGCCGCUACAGCACCAUUCUGGAUCAAAGAUACAACCUUAUCCAGGCCUGUGAGCACGCUGUCAUCCAACAGCAAGGAAAAUGAUACAGCUCCAUCUGGCUGGAGGUCCAUGCUCAAGCCUGUGAAAACUGCCAGUCCUAUAGAAAACACCGGCUCACCCUCCAAAAAGCCAGAAGCAGCUUCUUCUCCACGGACAUCAGGUCUUGGAAUCACCACGAUAUCCACUCCUGCUCCAUCUACCACCAGCAUCUCCAUUAGCAUCAGCUCCCCCAAAGCGCCCUCGCCUAGCCCGAUGAAAAAUGGGCCUAAACCUAGUGACUCCAGCAGUGGCAGCAGUGUAUCUCCCGUUAGUCCCUCAGGGACUGAAACUCACAAAUCGCACAAGCCGGGCUACAUUCCGAAAGAAGACAUUCAGAAAGAACUGAAGGAAAUUGAGAUGAAUAUGAACGAGUUGCAGAAAAGAGGAGUAGAGCUGGAAAAACAACUCAGACAAUGUGAUGAGGAAGGACAAGAGGACACAUUAAUGAAUGACUUAAUGGUGGACUGGUUUACCCUCAUCCGAAACAAACAGGUCUACAUGAGACGCGAAUCCGAGCUUGUGUACAUUGCCAAGACGCAGGAUCUAGAAGAAGAGCAGCCCAGUGUUGAGGCCGAGCUCAGGAGACUAAUGGAGAAACCAGAUAGUCUGAAGACCUUUCGUGAUCGUAAACGAGAGGAGGAGCUGAUGGCCAAACUUGUGGAGAUAGUGAAUGACCGGAACGCCAUAAUAGAGGGGCUGGAUGAAGACAGACUGAGAGAGGAAGAGGAGGAUGAGCAGCUGAAUAAGAUGAUGCAGGAUCUUGAUAUAAAGAAAGAAAAAGUCAAGAAAAAAUCUCCCAUAUCCCGGUGGUUUAGCAUGAAAAGUAAACGGGCGUCUGCAGAGAACUGAUCCUCAUGGAGGGUGUGGCUGUGUGUGUUUUGUCUCAGACCGAAUGUUUCUGCUGCAGUUUGAGGUCAAAUCACAAAAUGUAAAUUGCAGAUACACAGACUUUAACAAAUGGUAUUUUUGUGAAAUCACAUCAUUAUGUAUUGUCACACUGUUUAUUUUUUUCACGUACUUUUGCGCAUUUUUCAUCUCCUGUCUUUUGUGGGUGUGAUUUGCGCACUUGUUAGCAAAUGUUUUGCACUUGAAUCCUUUGAAUAAUGUAGAUUUGUUUCUCUCAGUCAGUGUUUCAUUGGGGAAUUGGACAGUGUUGAGAGAAAGGAAUUCUUUGCUACUUAUUGAUUCAUAUUGGAUUAAAGCUGAAAUGGACAGGUUGAGGUCCGACCUUACUAUAUUCACACUCUGAUGCUUGACUUUUUUUGUUUUUUGUUUGUUUUAACAUGUAUUUUAGUUAAGAAUAUAUUUCUUUCCAAUUUUAAUCAUUUUAAUGGUCUCUUAUCCUGACACACUUAUACACUAUCUCAGCAGCAGGGGGCAGACAGUGACUGAUUUCAGCAAGAACACUGUUUGCCAUUUAAUUUCUCAACAGACUGAGAGCACUGAUUUAAUAUGGUCCUUUUUAAGAAAUUAUAUAGGAUUGUUCAUUUAAGAGUCUGUAAUGUUGCUACGGUACUAGGAUUAUGCUUUUAACCACUGUCCAGGCAGCUUUUUAUUUUUUCCGUAAAUAUGAAUUGUCUGGGUCUGCGUAUGGUCUGCUUUUCUCACUGUAUUUGAUCAAAGGUACAUCUUAAAAUGUGUAACAGACUGUUUAAGUAUUUCUACCAAAAACCAAACCAAAAUCAUUUUUUACUUGGUACUCAACACUUAUUUCCAAACCUUUAUACUGUACACAAUAAAUUUUAAUAAUCAA